CUCUCGAGAAUGCUAUAAGGGCACAAGGCUUUUCCUCCUUCUCCUCCCGUCACUCUCUCUCUCCUCUGAGAGGAGAUAACAGCUUUUCCUUCAUUCUUCCUCAACGUUUCCUCAACAAUGAACGAUAGUCCCUUGCAAGUGCUGACAUUGCCUACCUCUCCGUACCCCGACCAGAGGCCUGGAACCAGCGGCCUGAGGAAGAAGGUCCAUGUUUUCCAGUCUAAAAAAAACUACCUGCACAACUUUAUUCAGUGCAUCUUCUCCUCCAUCGACCUGCGGGACAGGCAGGGCUCCACUAUGGUGGUGGGUGGAGACGGACGCUACUUCAAUUCGACUGCCAUUCAAGUCAUAGUGCAGAUGGCUGCUGCUAAUGGGGUGGGUCGUGUUGUGAUUGGUCAGAAUGGCAUCAUGUCGACGCCGACUGUGUCUUGUCUGAUCAGGAAGAUCAAAGCCAUUGGAGGGAUUAUUCUUACAGCCAGUCACAACCCUGGAGGACCUGACGGAGACUUCGGCAUCAAAUUUAAUACUGCCAAUGGAGGUCCAGCACCAGAGGCGGUCACAAGCAAAGUCUUCCAAAUGAGCAGAAUCAUAGAGGAGUAUGCCAUCUGUCCUGAACUCAGAGUCGAUCUGGGGACUAUUGGCAAGCAAUCCUUCGACCUGGAGAACAAAUUCAAACCUUUUACAGUAGAAAUUGUGGACCCAAUUGAAUCCUAUGCCAACUCUCUGAGGAACAUCUUCGAUUUUGCUGUUUUGAAGGAGUUGCUAUCAGGAGACAACCACAUACAAAUCCGUUUAGAUGGAAUGCAUGGAGUGAUUGGGCCGUAUGUGAAGAAGAUCCUGUGUGAGGAACUGGGCUCCCCUGCAAAUUCAGCCAUUAACUGUGUACCUCUGGAGAACUUUGGAGGUUGCCACCCAGACCCUAACUUGACCUAUGCCGCUGACCUUGUUGAAACAAUGAAGAGUGGACAGUAUGACUUUGGAGCAGCUUUUGAUGGUGACGGUGACCGUAAUAUGAUCCUUGGGAAGCAUGGAUUCUUUGUUACCCCCUCCGACUCAGUUGCCGUUAUUGCUGCAAACAUCUUCUGCAUUCCUUACUUCCAGCACACAGGAGUAAGAGGUUUUGCUAGGAGUAUGCCCACCAGUGCAGCUCUAGACAUGGUGGCCAGGGCCACCAAGAUCCAGCUAUAUGAGACUGCAACCGGAUGGAAGUUUUUUGGGAGCUUGAUGGACGCAGGUCGUCUCUCACUGUGUGGGGAGGAAAGUUUUGGCACAGGUUCAGAUUAUAUCCGGGAAAAGGAUGGGCUUUGGGCAGUGCUAGCAUGGCUGUCCAUCCUUGCAGUGAGGAGACAAAGUGUAGAAGACAUUAUGACAGACCACUGGAGAACCUAUGGGAGGAACUACUACACCAGAUUUGAUUAUGAGGAGGUGGAUUUAGAUGCGGCUGUGGAGAUGAUGUUGGAUCUUGAGCUGAUGGUUUCAGACAAGGCAUUCAUUGGGCAAGUGUUUACUGUGGGGGAAAAGAAAUACCAAGUGGAGGCAGCAGACAAUUUUGAAUACAGUGACCCUGUGGAUGGAACCAUUUCAAGAAAUCAGGGUUUGCGGAUCAUUUUUAAAGGAGGUUCUCGCAUAAUCUUUCGUCUUAGUGGGACCGAUAGUUUCGGAGCCACAGUUCGUCUGUAUAUCGACAGUUAUGAGAAAGAUAUAAACAAGCUCUUUCAGGACCCACAGGUGGCGCUGGCGGAGCUCGUCACUAUUGCCCUGCAGCUUUCACAGAUACAUGAAAGAACCGGACGAAGAGGCCCUACUGUUAUUACAUAAUUACUUCUUAUGUCCUAAUUACAUCUUCGGUUUUUUUAAACAUUGCUUUCAGCGAAAAAUAUAAUUGCAACACUCGUCUUAUCAGAAGGAGAGAUAAAGUGUACAGGCGUUCUUCUUUCGCCUCUUACUGUCACCUUUGCUUGGCUUAUGAAUAUUAAUUACGUCACUUGACGUUCCAGGAAGGUUACCGAGCAACGUGGCCAUAACCUAAUAAAUAUUCGUGACAUGACGGACUCAUAAACAAGCUCUGAUGUCAAGUAAUACUGUAAUAUCCAGGCUGAAAUAAUUGUGAAAUGAGACGCAACUGUCACUCAGGUUACAGGCCACAUGCACAUACAGUACUUUUGAUGAGUCAGCAUAAUCCACACUCAUUUUAAACUGCUCUCUUGCCUACUGCUAAAGAAAUCAGUAACCAUGGAAGCAUAUGAUAUGCUGUCCUGCUCUCCGUCGACACAAAUCAUUACAAACAGCCAGGAGUUAGAGGGUAAGAAUAACCCACAAGCUACGAACUCCACCUUUCACAUCACUUCACUUGCAUUACACAUUAUUACAACUAAAUAACAUUUACAAAAAUCCUAUUAAAAUGACAAUACUUUCGAACCAUAUUUUUUCACCAUUUAAAUCACAGAUGGUGUUGCAGGUAUGGGGCUGAAGUCAAGGGAGAGGCAAGACCACAAAUGUUUUAACUCUGUAACUAUUUACUUUUUCAUUUUUAAUAGAUAUCAUAAAAAUAUAGGCUUUGUAAACUAGCUCAUUUUCUUUACAAGACGAGUGUGUAGAAUUGCCUUUGAGGAGUAUCUCGACAUAUGGAUGAAAAUCGCCACCACCAACCCAGAACUUCUGAUGGGAAGUGAAUGUAAGUGAUUUAAUAAGACUUAUAGUGAUGGUGUGGAAUACAUCAGCAAAUCUAAUGCUAGUGCUUCAUUUGCAAAGCAAACUUUAUGAUCUCUCUAAUAUGUUUUCAAAUAUAGAGUCUGGUGUGGAGAUGGUCUGCCAAAUUUGUUGAUAUUCUUUAUUACAGCUUUGGAUGAAUUCAGCAAAUAUACAGAGAGAUGUGAAGUCCAUUAUGGGUCAACAAGCGGUGAAAAAGAUUGUCUCGUUCAAGCGCAGGGCAGCAUGUGAGUUGAUUUAAUGCACGUCCACUCAUUACAUACAAGUUCAGAUAGUAUUUUUUUAAAAAUAAAAUUAUUUUUUGUUUCAAUUAAAAGUUGACAGAACAUUUCUGAGAUAAAGUAGUGCUUGUAAUGUUCUGUAUCACUUUUAUCCUAUUUGCGCUAGCGCAAACCCUUUUUUGGCGUUAAAAAACUACUGUUGGGAUUUACUAAAGACAUGCAGUGCAAAAUUAGCGCUGAAAAGGCAUGGACAAUUGUUUUUGCAGCUGACCUUAUUGCAUAUGCAUUUGUAGGAGGUCCCCUUUCAGACCCAAGGAGGAGAGGAGAGGAGAGUAUUUAAAUGAAUCACGCAACAUGAUUUACUAAUGUUUGCACUAGUCAAUUUUGCGUCCGCAAAGAACAGAGAGCGUGUGGUAGAAGGGAGAAAAUAUUUUCCACUCGUAUUAAUUUCUUUGGAAUGCCAGAGGAAGACGGGUAUGGCGGGGACUUUAGACGUCAUCAUGACAAACAGGACAUUUGGACAGCAUUUCUCAUGAAAAAGUGGAUAAGUAUUCAUACACAGCGCAGAUCAUAAUCAGCAAGCAUGUUUUUAAAUAGAGUUGUUUUUUAAAUAAAGUUUGAGGAAGCUUGGUGGUGGUGACGUUGAUCCGCAACCAUGGUGUGCCAAGUUGAUAGACAAAACGUGUAAAUGUCAUAACCCUUUGUUAAACACAGAGCUUAUUUUUUGCGAUUUUCCGAAAGUCUAUGGGAAAAAUGCCUUGGCUUUCGACCAAGGGAACCCGUGUGUCGCUAACUUCCGGGUUGGCCUACAAAAACAUGUCAUCCCUGAGGUACUCUAUUGUGCUCUCGCGAUAAUUUGCCCCAUUUAGUAAAAUUAAAAAAAAAAAAGGUCUUUUUUUGCUAAUUUUGUAGAAUAGAUAGUAAAGAACUGCACUCCAUACAAACUGUUUUAACUUAUAAUUUUACAUUUUUUUUAUAGCUUAUCAAUGCAUGCUUUUAUUUAGUGGAUAUAAUGGGCUUUACUUUUUAAUAUUGGAACACCUAUAUAUAUAUAUAAUGCUGAACACCAGCACAGUAAAAUACUCUAAACAUUAUUUAAAGUUUUCUGUCAUUAUGUGCAGCCCUGUUCAGAAGCGUCCAAAGAAAGACAUCCAAGUGAAGCACACCCGUGUGGAACGCAUGAGAAGACUCUACAUGCAGUGCAGAGCUCCAGGUGAUUUUGGUCCUGUAGAUCAGUCUGUGUGUUCUUGCAGAGAUCCCAUCUCACCUCAGUUUCUAUGUGUACCCCACUAGAAUUGCUGAUGCCUGGUCCUGCUCAGGGUUCAGAUGGGCAGGAAAACUGGGAGCAAGAAAUGGACGAACUGGUGAAAUGGACCCACUCUCUCUCUUUGAAAGAAUUGGAUCUAUGACCUCUAACACAAAUUUAGAUAAUAUCAGGUGAUCCUAUAAACACAAAUCAGAAACUUUUAAACUUUUUAAACUAGAUAUGAUUUAAGAGCAUCAUUUUUAGAUAUAUUUAUUUUAGCAUAUUUUACUGGAUUUACAGUACAAUAUACUGAAUGUCUUUAGGACACAUUUAACACCCAGUAAUACUUUAUUGAAAAAAAAAAAUAGAAAAAUGAAAUGACAAGUAUGACAGUAUUCAU